AGCCGCGGGGUCUUCUAAACCAGAAAGUCUCCGGAGCUUGCGCUAAGCUAUUUGCGGCGCCCCCCACUUACACGCAGGUCUCAGAAACAGGCGGGGGGAAAAGGCGUCGUACCUGGAGCUGAGACCAGGCGGCCGGAGUCCUCAGGGAUGAACCUCGAGUUGCUGGAGUCCUUUGGGCAGAAUUAUCCAGAGGAAGCCGAUGGAACUUUGGAUUGUAUCAGCAUGGCCCUGACUUGCACCUUUAACAGGUGGGGCACACUGCUUGCAGUUGGCUGUAAUGAUGGCCGAAUUGUCAUCUGGGAUUUCUUGACAAGAGGCAUUGCUAAAAUAAUUAGUGCGCACAUCCAUCCAGUUUGUUCUUUAUGCUGGAGUCGAGAUGGUCAUAAGCUCGUGAGUGCUUCCACUGAUAACAUAGUGUCACAGUGGGAUGUUCUUUCAGGCGACUGCGACCAGAGGUUUCGGUUCCCUUCACCCAUCCUAAAAGUCCAGUACCAUCCACGAGAUCAGAACAAGGUUCUCGUGUGUCCCAUGAAAUCUGCUCCUGUCAUGUUGACCCUUUCAGAUUCCAAGCAUGUUGUUCUGCCGGUAGACGAUGACUCCGAUUUGAACGUGGUUGCAUCUUUUGAUAGGCGAGGGGAAUAUAUCUAUACAGGAAAUGCAAAAGGCAAGAUUUUGGUCCUAAAAACAGAUUCUCAGGAUCUUGUUGCUUCCUUCAGAGUAACAACUGGAACAAGCAAUACCACAGCUAUUAAGUCCAUAGAGUUUGCCCGGAAGGGGAGUUGCUUUUUAAUUAACACAGCAGAUCGGAUAAUCCGAGUUUAUGAUGGCAGAGAAAUCUUAACUUGUGGAAGAGAUGGAGAGCCUGAACCCAUGCAGAAGUUACAGGACUUGGUAAAUAGGACCCCGUGGAAGAAAUGUUGUUUCUCUGGGGAUGGAGAAUACAUAGUGGCUGGUUCAGCCCGGCAGCAUGCCUUGUACAUCUGGGAGAAAAGCAUUGGCAACCUGGUGAAGAUUCUCCAUGGGACGAGAGGAGAACUCCUCUUGGAUGUAGCUUGGCACCCUGUUCGACCCAUCAUAGCAUCCAUUUCAAGUGGAGUGGUAUCUAUCUGGGCACAAAAUCAAGUAGAAAAUUGGAGUGCAUUUGCCCCAGACUUCAAGGAGUUGGAUGAAAAUGUAGAAUAUGAGGAAAGGGAAUCAGAGUUUGAUAUUGAAGAUGAAGAUAAGAGUGAGCCUGAGCAGACAGGGGCUGAUGCUGCCGAGGAUGAGGAAGUGGAUGUCACCAGCGUGGACCCAAUUGCUGCCUUCUGUAGCAGUGAUGAAGAGCUGGAAGAUUCAAAGGCUCUAUUAUAUUUACCCAUUGCCCCUGAGGUAGAAGAUCCGGAAGAAAAUCCUUAUGGCCCCCCACCGGAUGCUGUCCAAACCUCCCUGAUGGAUGAAGGGGCUAGUUCAGAGAAGAAGAGGCAGUCUUCAGCGGAUGGGUCCCAGCCACCGAAGAAGAAACCCAAAACAACCAAUAUAGAACUUCAAGGAGUACCUAAUGAUGAAGUCCAUCCACUACUGGGUGUGAAGGGGGAUGGCAAAUCCAAGAAGAAGCAAGCAGGCCGGCCUAAAGGAUCAAAAGGUAAAGAGAAAGAUUCUCCAUUUAAACCGAAACUCUACAAAGGGGACAGAGGUUUACCUCUGGAAGGAUCAGCGAAGGGUAAAGUGCAGGCGGAGCUCAGCCAGCCAUUGGCAGCAGGGGGAGCAAUCUCAGAACUGUUAUGAAGACGCUUGAAGUUCUUCGUUCUUCCCCACUUUGGCAUCAUGUGGCCUCUGGACACUGUGGUCAGUCAUUUGAGAUUGACUUUAAUUUAAAACAAAGGCCUCUCCCUCCAACCCAGGAGGUGGAAGGAGUGCAUCGUAUAUUUGAAUGACGAAGUGAAUUAUGGAAGAAGAGUACACGGCCCUUCCCUUUCAAGCAUAAGUCCAAAUAGGCUCUCAGGAAUGAGGAUUUGUGAAGACAUCAAACAGGAGUUUUGACUCAUUCAGACUUCAGUGCUUAGUUAUGUGGCUGGAGAAAAGAGACCAGUUUUGCUCAUCUAACUAUUGUGCCCAGGAUCAUUUUGACCUGACAUUUCCUAUCCUAUUUGCCUUCCAUCCUCCGUGCAUGUCCUCGAGUGACUUACUCUCAUCUGAAGUUUUGCUG